UCGUUCUCACAUGUGAGAUCUGCUGCGGUCAAUCAACGCUGACCUGAACGGAGGAUCAGAAGCACACCGACACACUCUUCGGUUCUUCUCCCACAAGCAGAUCAUUGUGUGCGGUCAGUGAUGGCCAGAGGAAGCCGCAGCAGGUCCGCAGCUCCGGCCAGCCCGCCCCCGUCCUACGCUCCGGCACCCGCUCACCCUCCACCGGCCGCUCUGGCCCCAGCCCCGUCCCCAUCCCAGGGCCCCGGGCUCAUGGCUCAGAUGGCGACUACAGCGGCGGGGGUGGCGGUUGGCUCAGCUGUGGGUCACGUGGUCGGCAGCGCACUCACCGGAGCAUUCAGUGGGGGGAGCAGCAGCAGCAGCAGCACCCCAGAGCCAGCCAAACCUGCAUACCAGGAGCCCCCCCGGCCCCCCCAGGCCCAGCAAGGCCCCUGUCACUUUGAGGUCAAACAGUUCCUCGAUUGCGCCACCAACCAGAGCGACCUGAGUCUUUGUGAGGGAUACAGCGAGGCGCUUAAACAGUGCAAGUUCUCCCACGGUGUGUCAUCACUGGUUUGAAGAAUGGACAUCUGGACGGACAUGUUUUUAAUAAUGACAGAACUUAAAUGAUGCAUUAUUAUUAAUAAUACAUCUUAUAUUUCAAUAAUAAAACCGAGUGCAAACAUGAUGUAGACUGAAUAUGUAAGAACACUGUACCUCAGGCUGUGAUUGGUCCCUUCUCUUUGAUGACUGUGACGUGUGUGAAAUGUUUUUGUUAAUGUACAGUGAUGAACUUUAAUAAAGGGUUAAUGAGCAAGCUCA